AUGGGCGAGGAGGCACUGGGUGGAAGUGGGAAUAAGAGUGAAACGCGUGGUCAGAAUACGGCCAGUUGGGCGCGCCCCGCUGAUGUCGCGCCGGUUCUUCAAGCGCUGAUGAUUAUUGCGGCUUUUGGACUCGAAGCAGUCAUUGGUGUGUGUGAGGUUCUAGUAGAGCCUCCCGUUUGGCUUGCCUAA